GCUGCGCCGGCGCCGCGUCCAGCUCGGCUGGCAGACGGAGCGGCCGGAGCGUGCGGGGCGGGGGCCGCGCGAUGGGGGCCGAGGCCUCAGGGAGCCGGCCGGAGCUGCGGGAGCUGCUGCGCGAGGCCGAGACCAGCCUGCUCGAGUGCAAGGUGUGCUUCGAGCGGUUCGGCCACCGCCAGCAGCGGCGCCCGCGCAACCUGUCCUGCGGCCACGUGGUCUGCCUGGCCUGCGUGGCCGCCCUGGCGCACCCGCGGACGCUGGCCCUCGAGUGCCCCUUCUGCCGGCGGGCCUGCCGCGGCUGCGACACCAGCGACUGCCUUCCGGUGCUCCACCUCCUGGAGCUCCUGGGCUCCGCGCUGCGCCCCGGCCCGGCCGCCCCGCGCGCCGCCCCCGCCGCCCCGGGGGUCCUCACCUGCCAGCACGCCUUCGGCGGCUGGGGGACCCUGGUCAACCCCACCGGGCUGGCGCUGUGUCCCAAGACGGGGCGGGUCGUGGUGGUGCACGACGGCAAGAGGAGAGUCAAGGUCUUCGACUCCGGGGGAGGCUGCGCGCAUCAGUUUGGAGAGAAGGGGGAUGCUGCCCAGGACCUUCGGUACCCGCUUGACGUCACGGUCACCAACGACUGCCACGUGGUCGUCACCGACGCCGGCGACCGCUCCCUCAAAGUGUUUGACUUUUUCGGCCAGAUCAAACUCGUCUUGGGAGGCCACUUCUGCUUGCCGUGGGGUGUGGAGACCACCCCGCAGAAUGGGGUCUUGGUCACGGACGCGGAGGCGGGGUCCCUGCACCUCCUGGAAGUCGACUUUCCCGAAGGGAUCCUCCGGAGGACCGAACGGUUGCAGGCUCACCUGCGUCGCCCGCGGGGGGUGGCGGUAUCCUGGCUCACCGGGGCCAUCGCGGUCCUCGAGCACCCGCUGGGGCCCGGCGCCUGCAGCAGCACCACGGUGAAGGUGUUCAGCGCGACCAUGCAGCUCAUCGGCCAGGUGGACUCCUUCGGGCUGAGCCUCUUUUUCCCUUCCAAGAUCACCGCCUCCGCCGUGGCCUUCGAUCACCAGGGCAACGUCGUGGUUGCGGAUACUUCCAAUCCGGCUGUCCUCUGUCUGGGCAAACCCGAGGAGUUUCCAGUGCUGAAGCCCAUCAUCACCCACGGUCUUUCGCAUCCCGUGGCGCUGACCUUCACCAAGGAGAGUUCUCUUCUUGUGCUGGACAGCGCGGCCCAUUCUGUAAAAGUCUACAAGGUUGACUGGGGGUGAUGGGGUGUGCUGGGAGUCCUGGGACCUGUGCCAGAAGCCCUGGAGCCGCCCCUGCUGAGCCCUGGAUCAAUGACUUAAUCUUAUCUGUUCGACAGAGAUGACUGUAACUGCCUGGUAGACUUAACAAAGGUGGGGGCCAUUAUUAAAGAAUAAUAAUGAAAUC